AGCUACUGAUAUGGCAAAAUAUAAUUCAUUCUCUGUUGGUUCAUGGUACAUGGCCUUUUCGUACUUUAGUUCUUUGAAGUUUCAGGUGAUUGCAGUAUAAAUAAUCUUCUCGACACCCUGGAAACCUUUGUUUGGAAAUUGAUCAUUCGGAGAGGAAGUAGAGAGGAGUGAAGUGAACUCGCCCAGGUCUGCAAUCAAUGAAUCGAUUGGAACCAAACCAAGUUAUGGGCUCCAACCAUGAUGAUGUGCGAACUGAGAAAAACAUCGAAACUUUUGCACUUGGUCGAUGUGCUCGGUGCAAAUAUUUCGAUAAAAUGUGUGACUAAUUUUGUGUAUUCGCCCAGAUCUUCCCUGAAGCAAAAAGACAAAGCUUUCUACUCGUAAAUGAUGUAUAUGGUGAGGAGCAAGUGGAAAACAUCUGACACGAUGUUGAGCCAAGGUUACGUGAAACUGCUGCUGCGACUUUGGUUCUCGAGGCAGACGCACGAAAGAAAGACCCGGUACAUGGAAUUACAGGAAUUAUUGAGGAACUCAAUCGUCAAAUUGAUACCCUCGAGAAAGAUCUUACAAAAGCACAAUACACUCUUUUAUUUGGGAAACCAAAUGCUGCUCUUUAGUGAAACUAGAAGGAAAUUAUAUAUUAUUAACAUUAUUUUCUGCACCAGUACUGAUCACAAUAGGCUUGACAGUACUUCCAAACUACCAUCCAAGCGAAGGUCAAUGUGUAUAGUUAACAUGGCCCGUCGCUGAAGGAAGUUAAUACUAAUCAUACUAUCUCAAAACGAAUUGUUGUGAAUCGCGAAUUAUUGAAUUGAAUCUGUUUCUCGUCAUGGCCUUCUGAACGCCCUUGGAUAUGAAAGCUUGGAUAAUCCACUCCUUUCACCCCAUCAUUUUUGAUUUUUCUCAGAGC